AUGUUACCCUAAAAGAAACCCUAAUAUGAAUUAUUAGGCGUGUAGAAUCCUGAAAAAGAGCAGUUCAUCAAAUUCAUUUAAUUCGACCAUUUGGAUAUCAAGGGGAUAAUAUUCCUGAUAAGUCCUUUGGGAACAUGCAUUUUAUUAUAAGUAAUGAUUUGUUGA